UUGAGUGCUCCCGGCUAGGGGGUACGUGUACCUCAUCUGCUUCCUCUUCAGGGACAGGGGAGAGGAAGCUCACGUGGGCUCCUCUCCCACACCACGGAAUCCUUAACAAAACACUUCUUGCCCAUCUGGAAGAGAUCUCUGUUGUUACUGAGGGAGAGCUGGGCAUAGUAUGAGGUGCAGGUCUGUGUCCAAGUUCUGCCAUGUUCUUUCCUACCAAGGGUGAGGUCUCCUUUAGGUCUCAGUUUCUCUGCCCCUAAAAUGGAGUGGCUCUGGAAAUGGAGAGAUGCUCAUUUCUACAGAGACUCCUACCUCAGUAAGUGGUGAAAUGAAAAGCCGUGUGGACAGGAAGGGUCUGCGGCCUGGGGCUCACACUCACAGUGAGGCUCCGAGGUGGGGACGCCACUUGCCAGCUCUGGGGUAUCAGGACGCCUUCCAAAGUCAGCUUUCCUUCCGUCUCUGCAGAAGGCCCACCCCAAGCCCAGCGCUUUUCCCAAGGCCUGACAGCUUCAGACCUUGGGGAAAAGAGGAAGGAAGGAGGAAGAAGGGAUAGAGGGAUUGCAGAAUCGGGGCUGGAGGAGAGGAGGGAGGAGCACUUUUUUUUUUUUUAACCUGCGGUGCCGGCCUCUCCCCUGUUUGCUCUGAGAUACCAGUCUCGCUCCUGCCCAGCCCGGGCGGCUGCCCUUGGGUGCUCCCUUCCCUGCCCGACACCCAGACCGACCUUGACCGCCCACCUGGCAGGAGCAGGACAGGACGGCUGGACGCGGCCAUGGCCGAGCUCCCGGGGCCCUUUCUCUGCGGGGCCCUGCUAGGCUUCCUGUGCCUGAGUGGGCUGGCCGUGGAGGUGAAGGUACCCACAGAGCCGCUGAGCACGCCCCUGGGGAAGACAGCCGAGCUGACCUGCACCUACAGCACGUCAGUGGGAGACAGCUUCGCCCUGGAGUGGAGCUUUGUGCAGCCUGGGAAGCCCAUCUCUGAGUCCCAUCCAAUCCUGUACUUCACCAGUGGCCAUCUGUAUCCAACUGGUUCUAAGUCAAAGCGGGUCAGCCUGCUUCAGAACCCCCCCACAGGGGGGGUGGCCACACUGAAACUGACUGACGUCCACCCCUCAGAUACUGGAACCUACCUCUGCCAAGUCAACAACCCACCAGAUUUCUACACCAAUGGGUUGGGGCUAAUCAACCUUACUGUGCUGGUUCCCCCCAGUAAUCCCUUAUGCAGUCAGAGUGGACAAACCUCUGUGGGAGGCUCUACUGCACUGAGAUGCAGCUCUUCCGAGGGGGCUCCUAAGCCAGUGUACAACUGGGUGCGUCUUGGAACUUUUCCUACACCUUCUCCUGGCAGCAUGGUUCAAGAUGAGGUGUCUGGCCAGCUCAUUCUCACCAACCUCUCCCUGACCUCCUCGGGCACCUACCGCUGUGUGGCCACCAACCAGAUGGGCAGUGCAUCCUGUGAGCUGACCCUCUCUGUGACCGAACCCUCCCAAGGCCGAGUGGCUGGAGCUCUGAUUGGGGUGCUCCUGGGCGUGCUGUUGCUGUCAGUUGCUGCGUUCUGCCUGGUCAGGUUCCAGAAAGAGAGGGGGAAGAAGCCCAAGGAGACAUAUGGGGGUAGUGACCUUCGGGAGGAUGCCAUCGCUCCUGGGAUCUCUGAGCACACUUGUAUGAGGGCUGAUUCUAGCAAGGGGUUCCUGGAAAGACCCUCGUCUGCCAGCACCGUGACGACCACCAAGUCCAAGCUCCCUAUGGUUGUGUGACUUCUCCCGAUCCCUGAGGGCGGUGAGGGGGAAUAUCAAUAAUUAAAGUCUGUGGGUACCAUACUGUCUCCUUCUUCUUUCUGCUGGUAUGGCGAAUUCCUCUAGGCGGCUCAGAGU